AUGUUCAAAUCACUACAGCGCAGCCAACCAACUCUCCGAUCCGUCCUGGCCGUCCCCCGGCGACGCAUCAUCCUCCCAACCAGCGUCAUCCUGGAGCCCAGCAUCGGAAUCACCGAAGAAGAAUUCGACCCAGCCGACGUCGUCCCCUUCGAUCUGCAGCUUCCACCGUCAAGCCCCACCUCCGCGCUCCUCUCGGCCGCACUAGGAUGCACGAACCUCACAAAGGUCGAAACGUACAUCGAGGAGGUCUCGAUGCCGCUGGCGCACACGGUCACGGGGGCGUUGGUGGGCCGACACCAUCAGCCGUACUUUUAUUUUCCCGUCUCGGUGCACGACUGUCCGCUGCGGUUCGUGCAUUUCCUGUAUGCGCCGGUGUCGCCGUAUACGCUGCUGGCGCGCGAUGUCUGUGAGCUCCUCUAUGGAGGCGAGGAUGGUGGCGAUGUGACGGUACCGACGUUUUUUCGCGCCACGCUCGGAGGACGGAUGGCGGAAGUGAGGCCAGUUCCUGUCAAUGCCAGGUUCUCUGGGAUCAGUGUGCUCGGUGCGGACUUUUGCUUGCUGCAUGGGGCUGUUGCCAUGCUGGAUUACAAUACCAAGGUGGCGAAGUUGGUGUUUGGGCAGGAGUAG